CCUAACAUUGCUGAUUGCGCGCAAUAUACAAAUGGUCACCACGUUCGGCUGUGUACCUACAAAUACUAGCGUAUCCUCUAAAUCUACCCAUUUUAAUCCACAGUGAUAUACAUGCAGAAUUGGCAUUUGCGCUACGUGUUCCUCGUUCUCAAUAUCGUUGACCCCACUGAUCAUCCCUACCUUUAUUGUAACAAUUUUAAAUAUUUCAGUUUUAUCGUUGUAACCUAGAUGCGAGUGUCGAUAUACAGCAGCGAAAAAUUUGAAUAGGAGUAGGCCAUGGAAGGUUUGGAAGCACUGAUUCCUGUCAUCAACAAGCUGCAAGAUGUCUUUAGCAAAGCUGGCAUUACUAACCUGGAGGCUAUCAACCUUCCGCAGAUCAUUGUGGUCGGAGCACAGAGUGCAGGAAAAAGCUCCGUGUUAGAAAGUUUGGUUGGCCGCGAUUUUUUGCCGCGCGGACAAGGUUUGGUUACCAGACUGCCAUUGGUACUGCAGCUGAUUCACUGGGAUGACGACAGCAAGAAUCGCUACGGUGAGCUAUUAAAGAAUAUCCCUGGCAGCGAAGACGUGGACGAGUUUGGUUUGUUUCUUCAUGAUGAGAAGAAAUUGUACACCAAUUUUGAUGACGUCAGGAAAGAAAUAAAUGAUGUGACUGACCGUCUUAUGGGAACAAACAAGGGCAUUGGAAGCCAGCCCAUUAACCUGAGAAUAUUUUCGGAAUCGGUUGUAAAUUUGACACUGGUUGAUCUACCUGGACUGACGAAGAAUCCCGUUGGCGAUCAACCGCGUGACAUUGAAGACCAGAUCACUAAACUGAUCACGACCUAUAUAAAAAAUCCCAAUUCACUUAUCUUGGCAGUAACACCAGCCAAUGUGGAUAUGGCCACAUCCGAGGCGCUGAAACUGGCAAAAGCAGUGGACCCGGAAGGCAAGCGUACAUUGGCGGUUAUUACCAAACUGGAUUUGAUGGAUAAAGGAACCGAUGCACGGGAAGUCCUGAGCGGUAGCGUCAUCCCGGUUAAACUGGGGAUCAUCGGGGUGGUUAAUCGUUCGCAGCAAGAUAUCAACACAAACAAAACAAUUGAACAUGCGCUCAAGGACGAAAAAACAUUUCUGCUGAAAAAUUAUUCGGAACUCGCACAUAAGCACGGCACAGUUUAUCUGAGUCGAACUCUUAAUAAUUUAUUAAUGUCGCACAUUCGAGAGCGUUUACCGGAUCUCAAGGAGCAAAUAAGCCGAUUGACUCAAGCGCAUAAAAAGAGAAUGGAGGACUUGGGACAGCCAGUAAUUGACAAGGAGGCUCAUCUUAUUCGGUUAAUAACGGAAUUCGUGAAGGCGUACAGUUCUACGGUGGAUGGCACGAACGUCGAGGUGGACUCCAACAAACUGAAAGGCGGCGCCAUGAUCAGUGUGGACAUAUUUCAAAAUAUUUUCCAGCAGCAUUUGUAUGAUGUCCAAGCCCUGAAUGGUUUAGAGCUUAAAAAUAUUGUUUUAACGCUUCGGGCAGCAGCGGGAUUGUAUCCUCCGCUUACGGUGCCCGACAUGGCGUUUCGCACACUGGCUAAAGGUCAAAUCGCCCAUAUGCUGCAACCGUGUCUGGAAUGCGUUGACCUGGUUUACGAAGAAAUGCAGCGCAUUAUCCAGCGUUGCGGGAAAGAGAUCCAGAGAGAAUUUCAAAAAUACCCGAGAUUUUGUGAUGGCGUGCUUCGAAUAGUGAACGAAUUCAUCAAGCUGCAGACUGAAGAGACCAGGACAAUGGUUAAAUAUCUGGUGGAUAUCGAAGUAUCUUACAUCAAUACUAAACAUCCGGAUUUUCGUGACGAAAUGGAAACGCUGCUGGAGGAACGUUCGGCAGCGCGAGCCGAGAAAAAUCAAGAAAACUCUAGCAUAGAUCAUACCCAGCGAAAUGCAGCCAAAAAGAUAGCAGGACAAAUGCAACAAUUUGGUAACACUCGGACCACUCCCAUGGGGUCUCCUACUCAUGGGAAAAACGGACGAAAUAACUUAGGUGUAACCAGUCGAUCCGUUUUCGGUUUGGGAGACGGAAUUGAGAGAGAAGCGAACUUUUUGUCUGAGAUCGAGGAAUUCGAUCCCGGAAACAUUCCGCCGCGAGAACUGGAGGACGUCGAACUGAUGAAAACACUGGUGACGAAGUACUUCGCCAUUGUCCAGAAAACCAUAUUCGAUAUUGUGCCCAAAGCCAUUGUGCAUUCGCUGAUCGAAACCACAAAAGACGAUUUGAGCCAGAUCCUUCUGGCUAAGUUGUACGCUCCUGGAGUUGCCGAUAAAUUUGAAAUUCUGAACGAAGCAAAGCACAUAACGGAGCAGCGCAACAAUACCAUUGCAAUGCUGGAAGCAUUACAGCAAGCUAGCAAAAUUAUCAGCGAAGUUAGGGAUUUGUCUGCAAACCGGAGUUUGAGUUAACUUGUUGCUCGUGGUUAUUAAUUAGUAAUAAUUAAUUAAUAAACACUAUUAACUGGUUUAACCUCGUCCAAAAAAACGCACCUUAUACUUCUGCAGUGACAUGUACGAGUACGGAUUAAAGGAACGAGUGUACCCUAGUUUACUACAUGUGCAUCAAAGACUUUUAUUGUCCGAGUAACCGGGAUGCAGCGGCCCUGGUCACUGCCCAGAUGAAAAGGUGU